AUGAACAAUUUCCCUUCAUGUUUUAGUGAGCAUGGAGUUCAAAUAAUAGACUCAUCAUGUUCCAAUGCAUCCUCCACCAUAACUUCAAUCAUACCCAAACCCUCUCAAAACAUUGUCACCUGCAUUUACCACUGCAAACUACUCAACAAGUCUCAUCUAAUCAUCAUCAACUGGAGCAAGAAUCUUGUAGGCCAUUGCUUCACCGUCGAAAUCGAAGAUCCAUCACAUGAAUCUCUCUCCAAGAUUCAUGUCAAACCCUCCAUGUUCUCCAAAAGAAAAGGUUCAAAGUCUGUUACAUUUAAUCUCAUUACAGUUGAUCUCAACUGGGACCUCACUGACGCCAAAUUCGGGUCCAGCCCAGAACCCAUCGCUGGUUUCUUCGUCUGUCUAGUUUUCGAUGGGGAAAUGGUGUUGUUAAUCGGGGAUACAACUAAAGAAAUGGCGGAGAACAAUAAAUGUUGGUUGCGGUUAAUGAAGAGGGAACAUGUUUUUGGUAGCAAAGUUUAUGUUACAAAAGCUCAGUUUGAGGACCAUGGUCGGGUUCAUGAUUUGAAGAUCGAAUGUGAUACGAUCGGGGUUGAUGAUCCGUGGCUCAUGGUGAGGUUAGAUGGGAAGAUAGUGAUGCAAGUGAAGCAUUUGGUGUGGAAGUUUAGAGGGAAUAGUAGGAUUUUGGUUGAUGGGCUUCCUGUGGAAGUGUAUUGGGAUGUGCAUAAUUGGUUGUUUGGAUCAACUACCGGAAGCGCAGUUUUUAUGUUUCGUACGUGUUCGGUUGUGGAUCGGUCGAAUGUUGCGUGGGCUGGUUUGCGGAGUUCUAGUUUUUGUUUGAUGGUUUAUGCUUGGAAAAAUGAAUGA